AGUAACGGGACUGUCUCUCCCACACAGAAGCGGAGAAGAGCAGCGAUGGAAAACGUUCCAAGUGCGGCGGAUGAGGGAUCGAGCGUGGAGGAAGAUACGGCGCAGAAACGAAGCGGUCUAGUGAAGCGUCUGGCCUCAGUUUCUAACCAGCUCAAGCGCUUGACGAGUAAGCCACGUGGAUUGGACCGGUCAAAGUCAACGGCCGGUCAGGCCUUGAAAGGGCUAAAGUUUAUCUGUAAGACUGACUGUGGUGCUGGCUGGACCGCCUUGGAGAAGCGGUUUGAUAAGAUCACGGCCACUACUGGUGGACUGCUGCACAAGUCAAAAUUUGGUGAAUGCAUAGGGAUGAACUCAAAGGACUUUGCCUUGGAGUUGUUCGACUCAUUAGCUAGAAGAAGGCAUAUGUCAGGGGAUGUGAUUGGUAAGAAGAAACUUAAAGACUUCUGGGAACAAAUAAGUGAUCAACGCUUUGAUUCCAGGCUUAUGACAUUCUUUGACAUGAUGGAUAAAGACUGCAACGGUAGACUAACAAGAGACGAAGUUAGAGAGAUCAUCAGUCUUAGUUCGUCUUGCAACAAUCUGUCAACCAUCCAGAAAAAGGCUGAUGAAUAUGCAGCAAUGAUAAUGGAAGUGCUUGACCCUGAUCAUAUUGGAUACAUCAUGAUGGACAGUCUUAAGAGCUUACUCCUGGAAGCAGAAACACAAUCUAUAAGCACUAAUAGGGAAGAAAGAAAGAAGAUGAGCGACAUCAUAAGUGAGAAGCUUAGGCCUACGCUUGACCCUAAUCUGUUGAGAAGAUGGUACCGUCGACUGAGAUUCUUCGUGUUGGAUAGUUGGCAAAGAAUUUGGGUUAUAGCGCUAUGGCUCACCAUUAUGGCCAUCCUAUUCGUGUACAAGUAUAUCCAAUACAAGAAUAGAGAAGUAUAUGAAGUGUUGGGGAAUUGUGUGUGCUUGGCCAAAGGUGCAGCAGAGACGCUGAAGCUAAACAUGGCCUUGAUUUUGUUACCUGUAUGCAGAAAUACCAUCACAUGGCUUAGACAUAAAACUAGGUUGGGUGUUUUUAUCCCUCUUGAUGACAACCUCAACUUUCAUAAGGUUAUAGCGGUGGGAAUUACGGUAGGAGUAGGCAUACACUCUGUGGCGCACUUGGCUUGCGAUUUUCCGCGGCUGAUUGCGGCAACUCCCGAAAGAUACAUGCCUCUAGGAAAAUUCUUCGGGGAAGAGCAACCGAAGAAUUACUUGCAUUUUGUGAAGUCAACAGGAGGAAUAACAGGACUCGUAAUGGUUCUCUUGAUGGCUAUAGCUUUUACACUGGCUCUCCCUUGGUUUAGACGGGGAAAGCUAGAGAAAAAACUUCCAAGGCCACUAAAGAAACUCGCGAGCUUUAACGCCUUCUGGUACACUCACCAUUUGUUCAUUAUAGUCUACAUUCUCCUUGUCCUUCACGGAUACUACUUAAAUCUCAGUAAGGAAUGGUAUAAGAAAACGACGUGGAUGUAUUUGGCUGUACCAUUAGCUCUGUAUACAGGCGAGAGAUUGAUACGAGCAUUCAGGUCCAGCAUCGAGACGGUAGAAGUUGUAAAGGCUGCCGUGUAUCCUGGAAACGUAUUGACUUUGCACAUGUCAAGGCCUACAAACUUCAAAUACCAGAGUGGUCAAUACAUGUUUAUAAAUUGUCCAGCAGUCUCAUCGUUUGAGUGGCAUCCAUUUUCGAUAACCUCUGCACCGCAAGAAGACUAUCUUAGCGUUCAUAUAAAAUCAUUAGGAGAUUGGACAAAAGCUAUCAAAGGAGUUUUCUCCGAGGUGUCAAAGCUAACUCCGGUCGGAGACAUGUUGCAUGGUGAAAAUAUUAAUCCCAAUUUCCCUAGAGUCAUGAUUGAUGGUCCGUAUGGCGCACCAGCACAAGACUACAAGAAGUACGAGGUAGUUCUGCUGGUCGGACUUGGGAUUGGGGCGACUCCGAUGAUCAGCAUUAUCAAGGACAUUAUCAACAAUAUGGAGGCCAAGGAACAUGCCCAACUCAACCAACCGGGGAAGAAUUCGCAACAUGGUAAGAUCAUAGAAACUUUCAGGACGCGAAAGGCUUACUUCUACUGGGUAACAAGGGAGCAGGGCUCAUAUGAUUGGUUCAAGAACAUUAUGAACGAGAUUGCCGAACGAGACAAAAGUAAAAUCAUUGAACUACACAAUUAUUGCACCAGCGUCUACGAAGAAGGAGACGUUCGUUCAGCCCUCAUACAUAUGCUUCAGUCCCUAAACCAUGCGAAGAGUGGUUUAGACAUUGUCUCUGGGACAAGGGUCAUGUCCCACUUCGCCAAACCUAAUUGGGAAAACGUCUACAAACAGAUAGCUAUGGAUCAUCCUGGCUCUAAUGUUGGAGUGUUUUAUUGUGGAGCACCGGCAUUGACAAAAGAAUUAAGACAUCUAGCUUUGGAAUUCACACACAAGACGAGAACAAAAUUUUCCUUCCAUAAAGAGAACUUUUAAAGAAAAUGAAAGUUAUACCCACGAUGCUGAUAAAGCGCAUGCAUGAUCAUGGCCAACACAUUGUAACAAUUGUGGAGUAUGUUUGUGUUUUCAAAAUUGAACUUGCCGUGUUAUAUUUUUUUUUUGUUAUCAAAAAAAUUCUAGAAUAAAAUGCGAUCUCAUGAUAUUAUUCGAGUGUAUCCAACAAUCAAG